AUGCGCUAUGUUGUCCAUUACGCACCACAACCAAUUCCGUCUCUUUAUCCAGCACCCUCCUUAAGUUCUUCCGCCACCAUCACCAACAACGAUCACAACGACAUGCUGGCUUCAGUUUUGUUGGCUCUUUUUUUACCCUGUUUGGGCAUGAGUGGAAUUUUCAUUGUCUACAUCUGCCUCUUGUGGUACGUUAGCAGCCUUAACCAACCUGAUCCGCCGUUACCGGUUAAGCCCGUGACGGUACUGGGUUUGUCAGCGUCUGAACUUGAGAAGUUGCCUAAGGUUACCGGGAAAGAUUUGGUUAUGGGGACAGAUUGUGCGGUCUGUCUGGACGAGAUCGAGAGUGAACAACCGGUUAGACUUGUUCCCGGUUGCAAUCACGGGUUUCAUUUGCAGUGUGCUGAUGCUUGGCUUUCAAGGCACUCGGCGUGUCCUGUUUGCAGAGCGAAACUUGACUCUGACUUCUUCAAUGCUUUAGAAAAUCCCUGCUAGACUAAGAUAUGGUUUCGUAUUAUACAGAAAUGAU